AUGCCCAUCUCCGACUGUCCUUUCCACUCACUCCUCAGGGAAUUCCCCCACCUGACCAACCCCUCAUUCCGUGAAGUGGACAUCAAACACACAGUCACCCACCACAUUUCCACCACCGGACAUCCCAAAUCCUGCCGACCACGUCGUCUUGAUCCGGACCGUUUGAAGAUUGCCAAGGCAGAGUUCGAACACAUGCUUGAGCUCGGCAUCAUCCGACAGUCCGACAGCUGCUGGGCAUCACCCCUCCACCUUGUCCCAAAGAAGAGCGGCGACUGGCGGCCGUGUGGUGACUAUCGGACGUUGAACUCUGUGACUGUCCCCGACCAGUAUCCCGUCCCGCAUAUCCAGGACUUCACUCUUUCGCUGCACGGUAAGCGAAUAUUCUCCAAGAGUGACCUUGUGCGUGCCUACCACCAAAUCCCAAUCGAAGCCAGUGAUUUGCCGAAAACUGCAGUGACCACACCCUUUGGGUUAUUCAAAUUCACUCGUAUGCCCUUUGGUCUGAGGAACGCUACUCAAACCUUUCAGCGAUUCAUUGAUCAGGUUCUGCGAGGUCUCGACUUCGUGUACGCCUACAUUGAUGAUUUGCUGGUGGCUAGCUCUAACGCUGCUGAACACGAGAGUCAUCUUCGUCAACUCUUCGAACGGCUCGACUCCUUCGGCGUUGUAAUCAAUGCUGCUAAAUGCGAGUUUGGAGUCCCCAGCCUUAUCUUCCUUGGUCACGAAGUGAACUCAGAUGGGAUAAAGCCCGUCCCGGCAAAAGUUUCGGCCAUAUCGACGUUCCCCGUCCCGACAACCAUCAACCAACUACGCCGAUUCUUGGGGAUGGUGAACUACUAUCACCGUUUUCUGCCCCAUGGUGCCACCAUACUGCAGCCGCUCAACAGCCUGUUGGCUCACUCCAAUAAGACACUAGUGAUCACCGAGGAGGCCGUCAAGUCCUUCAAUGACGUCAAGGCCGCACUUGCGGAUGCAACAUUGCUUGCCCAUUUUCGCUCAGAUGCUCAGCUAACUCUCAUGACAGAUGCUUCCAGCACUGCCGUUGGUGCAUCACUGCAGCAAACUGUUAGUGGUGUUCUACAGCCUUUGGCUUUCUUCUCGAAGAAGCUCAGCCCAACAGAGACCCGCUACAGUGUCUUCGGCCGAGAACUCCUUGCCGUCUACCUAUCCAUCCGGCACUUCCGCCAUUUCCUCGAGGGUCGUGAAUUUGUUGUUCUAACAGAUCACAAUCCACUCGUUUUUGCUCUGAGGGCCUCUCCCGAUCGAUAA